AUGGAGCUUCUCAUCACCUUGUACUAUGCCGUUUCCCUAGCCACAGUAGUAGCCCUCCUUUGGUUUCAUAAGCCCAGAGCCGUGAGAGCCGGCGACAAGAGCAAGCACGAGAAGCGACUGCCGCCGGGGCCAUGGACGCUUCCGAUCAUCGGCAGCAUCCACCACGUGGUGCGCGGCCUCGGACACCGCACAAUGAUGGAGCUGUCCCGCCGGCACGGCCCGCUCAUCUUCCUUAGGCUCGGCGAGGUCCCGACGCUGGUGGUGUGCAGUGCCGAGGCGGCGGAGCUGGUGAUGAAGACGCACGACCUCGCCUUCUUCUCCCGGCCGACCACCAGCGUCACCAUCGACAUCGUCGGCUGCAAGGGCAAGGGGCUCGGCUUCGCCCCCUACGGCGACCGCUUGAUCCAGAUGAAGAAGACCGUCGUCGUCGAGCUCCUGAGCGCCGCCCAGGUGAAGCGCAUCGAGUCCAUCAGGGCCGACGAGGUAGGCCGCCUCCUCCGAUCCGUCGCCGCCGCCGGCGGCGUUGUUAACGUCAGCGACGAGGUGAAGGCGCUCGCGCCGGAUCUCGUGGCGAGGGCCAUGUUCGGUGGCAACUGCGCCGAGAAGUCCGACGACUUCAUCCGCCGGUACAACGAGGUCAGCCAGCUGGUGUCGGGGUUCUUCCUGGUGGAUCUGUUCCCGUCGUCGAGGCUGGGUGCCGUGGGGGUGCGAGAUCGCAACACGAGGCAGGACUAUGGGCCCAGGUUACAAUGUCGCACCAAAACGAUGUCCACUCUUUAG